CGUUAUUGUUAUUGUGUUAAUAUUUUCCAAGUACACUAAAAUAAUAAAAAGUUUCUUCUUCUUGAACUGCACUGUUGGUGAAGGGCUUGUAAGUAAGCAUUUCACGGUAAAGUCUACACUUGUUGCAUUUGGUGCAUGUGACGAAUAAUGUUAAAAUUGGAUUUGAUAUUGACCUAGGCACUCUAUUGAUGUCUUUAACCAUUGCUCACGGGUCGGAUGAGCAGUGACGGUUCACAACUUCACUAUAAAGGAGACCUACUAAGGUUGUCACAGUUUUUGUGAAGAAGUCAUGUGUCAGAUGGGUGUGAUUCCUGUGUUGACUGUAAAACCAUGGAGAGCCCUCUUUGAUGAGAAGUUCCAUGUGGUUGUGGGGAACUUACCACCGACACAGGAGGUCACACUGCAUUCUUUACAUCAGUCAGAAGACACAGACUACUGGGAGGCGUUUGGGCACUAUGUCAGUGAUGCCCAGGGAAGGGUCACAGUCUUCAAGGAUCCAAGUGUAGGGGGGACAUAUGAGGGUGUUGAGCCCAUGGGUCUGAUGUGGAGCAUGAGACCAAUACCUGGCAGUAGACCGGAACUCAGGUUGAGGAAGAAGGAGGUCCACACUCCCAUGGUGGUGACCAUCUCUGUGUACAGGGGACACAUGAGUCAGGGUUUCAGGGAGCAGGUGGCCCUGGCGAGUGUCGUCACAGAGCGCUGGUACAUGUCCCCCGGAGUCCGCAGGGUCGACAUCACAGAGGGAGGGGUCACAGGUACCCUGUUCCUGCCACCAGGUCCCGGACCCUUCCCUGGAGUUUUAGACAUGUGGGGAGGUAGUGGCGGCCUAGUGGAAUAUAGAGCUGCUCUCUUGGCAUCCCAUGGCUUUGCUGCCAUGGCGCUACUUUAUGUCUUCCCAGACCAAAAUAAAAAUGCUACCAUUGGCUACCCUUACUUUGAGGCUGCAUUCAGACUACUGCAGGAUCACCCUCUAGUGGCCGCUGACCGAAUUGCGCUGCUUGGCCUUUCCCUUGGUGUUACAGUGGUUCUAUCCAUCACUGCUUACUCAGAAGCUGUCAAGCCUAGAUGUUGUGUGUGCAUCAGUGGCAGCCAUGCGUGUCGAAUUGGAGCCACCCAGUCCGUUGCGGAAACAUCUCAGGGUAUACACAAAAAAUAUGCAAAGGCCCGUACUGAUGAGGAGAAUCGCAUCAUCUGGAGGGACGUUCUUUUACCUAUUCCAGAAGAUAUAGACCUGAAAGUGGAAAUGGGGAGGGUAACAUGUCCUCUGCUGCUGGUUGUUGGACAAGAUGAUCAGAAUUGGGCUGCUGUCGAAUCAGCUGAUGAUAUGAAGGAGAUGAUGGAGAGAACAGGAAACAGUCACCUGCUGACCACUCUGUCCUACCCUGGAGCUGGUCACCUGAUUGAACCUCCCUAUGGUCCCCACUGCAGGUCGUGCAAUUUUGUGUUGCAGCCAGGCCAACAGAGAGUGGUCAUGCUGUUUGGAGGCCUCAACAAACCUCACGCCGUUGCACAGGAAGACUCAUGGGAAAAGAUUCUAGGUUUUCUGCAAGAGCAUCUCUGUCACAGUGUCAAACCCCAUGUGCAGUCCAGAUUGUGAGCAUUGUCUUACGUCAGAUGGUAUCACUCCUAUGCAAAGCUCGUCCCUUAACCGAUCAGUGCAGGUGGAAUCAUUGCUCUAUCUGACAUAAGAAAAUGGACUGUGAGGUAAUUAACAAUGGACACCAUGCAGAUCAGACAAGGAAAUAAAUAACUUUUCUUGCCCAGAUGCCUCAUGAUUACACCAAACUGUAUCAAUGGCCUCACUGUAUGAUGUAACUUCUGAUAUGAAUGCAAUUUGUUUAAGUAUGUAUUAUUUGGUAUGUAUUUUUCAUUUGAACCAUAUGGUUUGAUUAAAAUGUGUUUGGUA